AUGGAUUCUUCCAAUUCAUGGAUCAAUUGUCCUUCCGUUUUCUCAUCCUCUUCUUCUGCUUCCCGACGAUGUCAAUCCCGAUCAGAUUUGUAUAUAGGUGGAGGGUACGAGGAUCUUGAAGGAGAAGACGAUUUGAAAUCAGAGUUUAUCUGCCCGUUUUGCGCAGAAGUCUUUGACAUCGUUGGGCUCUGUUGUCACAUUGAUGAAGAGCAUCCUGUUGAGGCCAAGAACGGGGUCUGUCCUGUAUGCACAAAGAGGGUGGGGUUGGAUAUCAGAUUCUACGUUCAGCGAAGGAGAAGGUUGAGAAAAGGUGGAUACAGCUCUGCUUAUCUCGCAUUAAAGAAAGAGCUUCGAGAAGCAAACUUACAGUCACUUCUUGGUGGAUCUUCAAGUUUCACUUCUUCAACCAAUAUAGAUUCUGAUCCGUUGCUGUCAUCUUUUAUGUUUAAUCCUCCUUCAGCUAAUGAGUCUGCAAACAAAUCUGCUACACUUGUCAAGGAAGGAGCCUUAGCUACAAAAGUCUCGCAGAAAGAAUCUCUCAAAAGAGACAUUCGAGAAGUUCCACUUACAGGUGAAGAUCGAGAGAAGGCGAAGAAGAGCGAGUUUGUGAGAGGUUUGUUCUUGUCAACCAUGCUUGGUGAUGAUUACUAAUCAAGUCUACUCGCCUUUGUUUGUGGGUGGUUUAUGAGAAAGUGAGCAAUCUUGUGAGGUUAAAAAUUGUUAGAGUGGUCUCAGUGUAUGAUGGAAAAGCUUGUAAGUUUACAUAUAUUACUGUCAUCGUAUCUUCGAACCUCUAGAUUUGAAUAAAAACAUUUAACACGUUUUGGGAAAAAAAGACGAGAGUAUAGUUUGUAGGAGUUUUUGGAUUACAGAUGAACGAAGAAAAUGAACAUGUACACAGUACAUACUUCUCAUCUCACAAUAUUCCAAGAAAAAAAUUGAAUUUUGAUUGGAUGAAUCCUAGAAAGUGUUAUUUGUUCAGACAAUAGCUCUAUCAAAAGCACUGCCAAGAACCAAGAUCAUAGCCAGAGUUGACAACAUAGGAGCAUUGUCAAGAGCUAAAAGAUCAGAACCAAAUUUAUUACAAUC